AUGGAUGCUACCAUUUCGAACGGGGAAAAUACCGCUUCUUUCACCCUUUGUGAGUGUCGGGAUCAGUUUAAGGGGCAGUUUUGCUCGGUGUUGCGGUUCUUGGCCGUGCUUGAUGGUUCUUAUAGCAUUGACACGGGGUCUAUUGUAGACAUCGAGAUGGAACGUGAAGGAGAAGACAUCGACAUGGAAUGUGAAGAAAACGACACCAGUGGGCCCAAGCUUUUAACAGUUGAAGUGGAAGAGUGGGGUGGGUGGGGGGGGGGGCAGCGAAAACACCCCGAGCCGCUCUAA